AGAGAGAAGCAGGGAGCGCGUCCGACCGAAGCUCUUUGUGUUCUGCGUCUCUGACAGCGAGACGAGAAAGGAAAAAAAAAGAAAAAAAGGAAAAAAAAAAUAAAAGCUCUCCAUUUCGACCCCUCCCUCGCCAACCGAAAUCGCGUCUCUCUCAGCUCUCUCUCUCCGUUUCUCUCAUUUUUCUCCCUUCCCUCUCCCAGGAAAUCACCUCAUUCCUCUACCCCGAAGCAAUCCCUCUAGAUUUCUAUAAAAACCCGAUCAUUGAUCGGUUCCGAUCGGAACACCGCGGCGGAGGACGAGAUCUGGCGUCUCGAUCGAUCCCAGCCGCGCCGCCAUCGUUUUUUUGGCGUUUUGAUCGGGUUGUUUCUUGAUUAGAGGUGCUGUCUGGAGGUCGAGGAGAAGGAGGAGGGGAUCGGGGUCGCUGGAUCCGGGGAUCGGAUCUAGGGUUUGAUCGGGAGGGGGUGGGGAUUCGUCGGAUGAGGACCACAUGUUCCAGUCAUCGCGGAAAACGAUGAAAUGGGCCUCAUUGCUUAAGGACAUCAAAGAGAAGGUUGGCCUCUCCCAGUCCCAAUCCCAGCCCUCUGGGUCGUUUGCUUUAGCGCCUGCCGCUGCCGCCGCUGACGGGACAUAUGAAUUUGGAACGCCGGAAGGCUCGCCGACACGAUAUGGUUUCUUGGGCUCGUCCCCUUCCAGGGGCAAACAUGAAUUGGAGCUGGACUUUAAGAGGUUCUGGGAAGAAUUCCGCUCUUCCAGCUCUGAAAAGGAGAAAGAAAUGGCCUUAAAUAUGGCAGUAGACAUCUUUUGUAGACUAGUUAAGCAGCAGUCUAAUGUAGCCCAGUUAGUUACUAAGUUAGUUGAAGCACACAUUUUUUCUUUUGUUGUUGGAAGGGCCUUUGUAACAGAUGUGGAGAAGUUGAGAAUCUAUGGCAAAGGAAGAUCUUUGCAUGUCAAAGAUGUUAUCAGUUUCUUUUCAGAAACAAAGGAUGGUAUCAGCCCUGGUUCAAAUUUAUUGUUUGCAGUAGAAAUUUUGGUGACAGGGCCAAUUGAUAGGCAACCUCUGUUGGAUUCUGGCAUCCUAUGCUGUCUUAUUCAUAUCCUCAAUGCUCUUCUGAACCCUGAUCAGUCCAAUCAAAGACAAUCUGGAGUUGGCCUAGAAGAAUCAAAUUCAAGUGAAAAGAGUAUGGAUGGUGAUGCUGCACGAGUGCGGCGGCUUGAGAUUGAGGGAAGCAUAGUGCAUAUUAUGAAGGCAUUAGCAAGCCAUUCUUCAGCUGCUCCGAGUUUGAUAGAGGAUGACUCACUUCAGCUUCUGUUUCAUAUGGUUGCAAAUGGUUCUUUGAAUGUAUUUGCUCAGUUUAAAGAGGGCCUUAUUCCUUUGCAUACCAUUCAACUUCAUCGACAUGCUAUGCAGAUACUUAGUCUCCUUCUUGUCAAUGACAAUGGAAGCACAGCAAAAUAUAUACACAAACAUCAUCUGAUAAAAGUCCUUCUAAUGGCUGUGAAAGAUUUCGAUUCUGAGAAAGGUGAUUCUGCUUACACCAUGGGCAUAGUAGAUUUACUACUUGAAUGCGUCGAACUGUCAUACAGACCUGAGGCUGGUGCUGUCAGGCUCAGGGAAGAUAUUCAUAAUGCCCAUGGCUAUCACUUUCUUGUUCAGUUUGCAUUAAAGCUAUCCGGCUUGCAGAAGAAUCAGCUUGGUGAAUCUACUAGUUUAAAAUCUGCAGCUCAGGAGACUUCUGAACCGGAUGGUCUGGAACCAUCUUAUAAAUUGGCACAACAAGAAGGCCGAGGGGACAGCUCACUAUUCAGUCUCUCACCAGCACUAUCCAGGCUACUUGAUGUGCUUGUCAAUCUAGCACAAACAGGUCCUGUUGAACCUGUUGGUGGGAAAGCCUCAAAGUCUAAUUAUAGCAAGGCUGCGGGCCAUAGCAGAAGCCGUACACCUUCUGCUGAUAAGCUCAAUGACGAGAACUGGGAAAAUAGCAAUACUAAGAUUAAAGAUCUUGAAGCUAUUCAGAUGCUGCAAGAUAUCUUUCUGAAGGCAGACAAUGUAGAACUGCAGGCAGAGGUGUUGAAUAGAAUGUUUAAAAUAUUUUCGAGCCAUCUUGAGAAUUACAAGUUGUGUCAACAACUUCGGACGAUGCCUCUUUUCAUCCUUAAUAUGGCAGGGUUUCCUCCAUCACUGCAGGAAAACAUUCUGAAAAUAUUAGAAUAUGCUGUGACUGUUGUGAACUGUAUUCCUGAACAAGAAUUGCUUUCCCUUUGCUGCUUAUUACAGCAACCAAUUACUACUAGCCUGAAGCAUACAAUUCUUGCUUUCUUUGUAAAGCUUCUAUCUUUUGAUCAGCAGUAUAAGAAAGUUCUGAGGGAAGUAGGCAUUCUGGAAGUUCUAUUGGAUGAUCUGAAGCAGCACAAGUUCUUCUCUGGAGUAGAGCAGCAAAAUAAGACUCCUAGAAGUUUAGAGAGGAAGUUCAGUUCAAAUAGCUUCAAGAAACACAUGGAUAACAAAGAUACAAUUCUUUCUUCAUCCAAAUUAGUGGGUUCUGGUUCUGGAAAGUUUCCUAUAUUUGAAGAUGAGGGCACAAUUGCUAUAGCAUGGGAUUGUCUCUUCUCUUUACUAAAGAGAGCUGAAGCUAACCAACUAUCAUUCCGAUCAUCUAAUGGGGUCAGCAUUGUUCUCCCUUUCUUGGUAUCUGAUAACCAUCGUUCUGGGGUUCUUCGGGUGCUAUCAUGUCUAAUAAUUGAAGAUGCUUUUCAGGCUCAUCCAGAAGAACUAGGGGCACUGAUUGAGAUUCUUAAGAGUGGGAUGGUCUCAAGCAUUUUGGGAUCUCAAUACAAACUUCAGAGUGAUGCAAACUGUGAUAUUUUGGGUGCAUUAUGGCGUAUACUUGGGUCGAAUAAUUCAGCACAGCGGGUUUUUGGAGAAGCCACUGGAUUUUCCCUUUUAUUGACAACAUUGCAUAGUUUUCAAAGUGGCGAGCAGGCAGACACUGAAUUGUCUUUAGUGGCUCAUAUGAAGGUUUUCAGUUUUCUCAUGCGAGCUAUAACAGCUGGAGUGUACAAUAAUGCCAUUAAUCGAUUGAGGCUGCACACAAUCAUGUCAUCGCAAACUUUUUAUGAUCUUCUGUGUGAGUCUGGUUUGCUUUCUGUGGAUUGUGAAAAACAGGUUAUCCAGUUGCUCUUGGAACUUGCACUUGAGAUUGUUCUUCCACCUGCUGUUCUACCAACUGAGAGAGCUUCUUCAUCUGAUACAUUUGAGGAUGAGUCAAGUUUUAUUUCAAGUGCCUUACUUGGCUCCUCUAGGCUUGACAGAGAGAGGAUAUAUAAUGCAAGUGCUGUUGGUGUGCUGAUUCAUUCUUUAUUACUCUUUACUCCAAAAGUGCAGCUGGAUAUACUUAAGUUCAUUGCGAAGCUAGCCCAUGCUGGUCCCUUCAAUCAGGAGAAUUUGACUUCUGCUGGAUGCAUUGGCCUUCUACUGGAGACAAUCAGCCCAUUUCUUGAAGGCUCAUCUCCAUUACUUACACAUGCUUUACGGGUUGUGGAGGUCCUUGGAGCAUACAAGCUGUCUUCUUCAGAGCUUCGAGUGCUCGUAAGAUGCAUUCUUCAACUAAAAGUGAAAAAUUCAGGCUAUCUCCUUGUUGAUAUGAUGAAGAAGUUAAUUCAGAUGGAAGACAUGAGGUCGGAGAAUGUUUCUCUAGCUCCUUUUGUUGAGAUGGACAUGGGCAAAUUUGGUCAUGCAUCUAUUCAGGUGUCCUUGGGAGAAAGAACAUGGCCUCCUGCUGCUGGGUAUUCUUUUGUCUGUUGGUUUCAGUAUCAAAAUUUCUUGAAAAGUCAAGUUAAAGAAUCAGAACAGGUAUCUAAGGCUGGUUCGGGGAGGAGGAGCACUUCUGGUGGACAAGUAUUGCGCAUAUUUUCCGUUGGUGCGGUGGAUGAUGCCAACACAAUUUAUGCAGAACUCUACCUCCAAGACAAUGGUGUCUUAACCCUCGCAACAAGCAACUCCUGCUCACUGUCAUUUCCUGUCAUAGAAAUGGAUGAAGGACGGUGGCAUCACCUUGCAGUUGUCCACAGUAAGCCUAAUGCAUUAGCUGGACUCUUCCAAGCCAGUGUAGCAUAUCUUUAUCUUAAUGGAAAGCUAGUACACACAGGCAAGCUUGGGUACUCACCAUCUCCAUUUGGUAAAUCAUUGCAAGUUACUGUUGGCACACCAAUUGCUCGUGCAAAAGUUACUGAACUAUCAUGGAGGCUUCGUUCUUGUUAUCUCUUUGAGGAGGUGCUCACAUCAGGCAGCAUUUGUUUCAUGUAUAUUCUUGGUCGAGGAUAUAGAGGGCUCUUCCAGGAUACUGAUCUUUUAAGAUUUGUCCCGAACAAGGCUUGUGGUGGGGGUAGUAUGGCAAUCCUAGAUUCAUUGGAAGCUGAAUUGUCCUUGGCUUCAAAUGUGCAGCGGGUUGAUGGUUCUAGUAAACAAGCAAUAACUAAAGCAGAUGGCAGCGGGAUUGUGUGGGAUUUGGAAAGGUUGACAAAUCUUUCUUUACAGCUCUCUGGAAAGAAACUCAUAUUUGCAUUUGAUGGAACAUCUUCAGAAGCUUUUCGGGCAUCUGGGACAUUGUCCUUGCUCAAUCUUGUUGAUCCAAUGUCAGCUGCUGCUUCCCCUAUUGGUGGUAUACCACGCUAUGGUCGUUUUAAUGGUGAUAUCUACAUCUGCAAUCAAUGCACAAUUGGAGAUUGUAUUGGCAUAGUUGGUGGAAUGGCUGUUGUGCUUGCUCUUGUUGAAGCUGCUGAAACUAGGGACAUGCUGCACAUGGCACUGGAGUUACUAGCAUGUUCGCUUAACCAGAGUCCUCAGAAUGUGAAGGACAUGCAAGCCUUGAGAGGGUACCAUCUGCUUGCACUCUUCUUGCACCGCAGGAUGUCAUUGUUUGACAUGCAAUCACUUGAGAUUUUCUUCCAGAUUGCUGCAUGUGAAGCCUCAUUUUCUGAACCUCAAAAAUUUCAAGUAAAUCGAUCUGUAAGUUUCCCUGUUGGAACAUCCCCUGUGUCCAGCUUUGAGGAUUUAUCAUUGCCGAAAUUUUCUGAUGAAAUAUCUUCAGUUGGAUCCCAUGGAGAUCUGGAUGAUUUCUCUGGACAAAAGGAUUCCUUUAGUCAUCUUUCAGAGCUUGAGAAUACUGAUUUGUCGGAAGAAAAUUCAAACUGCAUCGUUCUAUCAAAUGCUGAUAUGGUAGAGCAUGUUUUAUUGGACUGGACAUUGUGGGUUACUGCACCUGUUUCGAUUCAAAUUGCACUGCUUGGGUUUCUUGAACGCCUGGUAUCUAUGCACUGGUACAGGAAUCAUAACCUGACAAUCUUACGUCGAAUUAACCUUGUCCAGCAUUUACUUGUAACUCUGCAACGUGGUGAUGUGGAAGUUCCUGUCUUGGAGAAGCUGGUAGUGUUGCUGGGUGUUAUUUUGGAGGAUGGGUUUUUAGCUUCUGAGUUGGAACUCGUUGUCAGGUUUGUGAUCAUGACAUUUGAUCCUCCACAACUGGUUCCACGCAAUGAGAUUGUUAGAGAGACUAUGGGAAAGCAUGUAAUUGUGAGGAACAUGUUAUUGGAGAUGCUUAUUGAUUUACAAGUCACUAUUAACGGUGAAGAGUUGCUUGAGCAAUGGCAUAAAAUUGUUUCAUCCAAGUUGAUUACUUAUUUUCUUGAUGAAGCUGUACAUCCGACUAGUAUGAGAUGGAUCAUGACUCUUCUUGGAGUGUGCCUUGCUUCUUCUCCUACAUUUGCUUUCAAAUUCCGAACUAGUGGAGGUUACCAAGGGUUGACACGUGUGCUUGUAAGCUUUUAUGAUUCUCCUGAAAUAUACUACAUCCUUUUCUGUUUGAUAUUUGGGAAGGCUGUCUAUCCAAGGGUGCCAGAAGUUCGCAUGCUUGACUUCCAUGCCCUUAUGCCUAGUGAUGGAAACUAUGGGGAGUUGAAGUUUGUUGAGUUGUUGGAAACAAUAAUUGCUAUGGCAAAAGCUACAUUUGACAGGUUGAGCAUGCAAUCAAUGCUCGCCUAUCAAAAUGGUAAUCUUUCACAUCUCAAUGGUACCUUAGUCGCAGAGCUUGUAGAAGCAACAACAGACAUGACAGGUGACCUGCAAGGUGAAGCUCUAAUGCAUAAGACAUAUGCAGCACGCUUAAUGGGUGGGGAAGCAGCAGCCCCAGCUGCUGCUACUUCAAUAUUACGGUUUAUGGUUGACUUGGCAAAAAUGUGCUCCCCUUUCUCUGCUGUAUGCAGGCGAACAGAAUUUCUUGAAAGCUGUGUUGAUCUAUAUUUUUCUUGUGUAAGGGCUGACUGCGCAUUAAAGAUGGCAAAAAAUCUCACAACUGUGGCACCAGAUGAGAAGAAUUUGAAUGAUGUUGAUGAUAAUGAAAGUUCUCAAAAUACAUUCUCUAGCUUGCCUUUGGAGCAGGAGCAGUCUACUAAAGCCUCCAUGAGUAUAGGAAGCUUUCCUUAUGAGCAGAAAAGUACCAGCUCUGAAGAUAUGCUCAGAUUGCAGAAUUAUCUAUCAAGUAAUGAUGAAGUCAAAGGAGAUCAUUUGUCACUUGUGGAAUUUAGCAAACCUUUCAGACGAGAAGAUUCCCAAAUUCUUCAAAGUUCUGAUGAGCAAAGCCGCAGGCAAAUCCCAGUUAGUCCCUAUGCUCCUCUUGAAGUUAAAUAUCAGGAUUCUAAUAGGACUUCAGAUCCCUUACAACAAACAGAUUCCCUUAGUUCCACAUCUAUGAAUGUGCCUGAUUCUCCUGUUCCUUCAGAGAAAUCAAAUUCCAAAUCUGUAGUGACACCAACUGCUUCUCCUGUGGUGGCAUUAACAUCUUGGCUUGGCAGCACAAGCAGUAACAGUGAUGCAAAAGUACAAACGGCUACUCCAUCCAUGGGAUCUUCAAUAACUGUGAAUGAAUAUGAUGCAUCUCCUGAUUUAAGAAUGCAUUCACAAGAAUCAUCUGCUGCAAACACAUUCUUCCCAAUAAAUCCAAAGCUGCUACUUGAAAUUGAUGAUUCAGGCUAUGGAGGUGGCCCUUGUUCUGCUGGAGCUACUGCUGUUUUAGAUUUUGUUGCAGAAGUUCUUGCUGAUAUUGUCUCGGAACAAUUGAAAGCAAGCCAGUUUGUAGAGGGCAUUUUGGAGGCUGUUCCUCUGUAUGUGGAUGUGGAAUCUGCUUUAGUUUUCCAAGGAUUAUGUCUAAGUAGAUUGAUGAACUUCCUGGAAAGGCUUCUUUUGCGUGAUGAUGAAGAAGAUGAGAAGAGACUUGAUAAGUAUCGCUGGUCUGUAAAUUUGGACUCACUUUGCUGGAUGGUUGUGGAUCGCAUAUAUAUGGGCUGUUUUCCUGAGCCAGUUGGGGUAUUAAGAACGCUGGAAUUUUUAUUGUCCAUGUUACAGCUUGCAAAUAAAGAUGGCCGUAUUGAAGAAGCAGCACCUGUGGGAAAAGGUAUAUUGUCCAUUGCAAGGGGAACCAGGCAACUUGAGGCAUAUAUUCUUGCCAUUCUGAAAAACACAAACCGCAUGAUCAUGUACUGUUUUCUGCCUUUAUUCCUGAAAUCCAUUGGUGAGGACGAUCUGCUUUUAGGUUUGGGCUUUCAGGCAGAGGGUGGGAAAGGCUUACAUAUCAAAGCAUCAGAAGAUGAGUCUUCUAUCGAUAUAUGCACAGUUUUGCGGCUGUUAAUUGCUAACAAGCGACUUAUAUUGUGUCCAAGCAAUCUUGAUACUGAUUUGAUUUGCUGUCUUUGUAUAAAUCUAAUUGCUCUUCUGCAUGACAAGAGACCAACAGCCAAAAACCUGGCAGUGGAUGUCAUUAAGUAUCUACUAUUGCAUCGUCGGCCCACACUUGAGGACUUCCUUGUUUCCAAACCAAACCAGGGACAAACAUUGGAUGUUCUGCAUGGGGGUUUUGACAAAUUAUUGACUGGAAAUCCCUCCAUGUUUUUUGAAUGGCUUCAGAGCUCUGAGCAAACUAUCAAUAAGGUCUUGGAGCAGUGUGCUUCUAUUAUGUGGGUACAAUAUGUUGCUGGGUCAGCAAAGUUUCCUGGGGUGAGAAUAAAGGGCAUGGAAGUCCGACGGAAGAGAGAAAUGGGUAGAAAAUCAAGGGAUGCUGCAAAGUUAGACUUAAAACACUGGGAGCAGAUAAAUGAACGAAGAUAUGCUCUUGAAUUGGUUCGAGACCUAAUGUCCACUGAACUUAGAGUCAUUCGUCAAGAUAAAUAUGGAUGGGUUCUUCAUGCUGAGAGUGAAUGGCAAACUCAGCUCCAGCAACUGAUACAUGAAAGAGGAAUUUUUCCUAUUCGACAAGAUCCAGAAUGGCAGCUCUGUCCUAUUGAAGGACCAUAUCGAAUGCGUAAGAAGCUUGAGCGCUGCAAACUAAAAGUUGAUACAAUUCAAAAUGUUCUUUCCAGAGGUUUUGAUCUGGAAGAUGCAAAGCUUGUUAUGGAAAAGCAUGAAAGUGGUCUGGGUACAUCUGGAUCUGAUGAAAAUUCAAAUUUUAAUAUUUUGUCUGAUGGUGAUAAUCAGAAGUAUUUAGAUGGUGGUGACUAUGAGGAGCCAUUCAAAGAAGAAAGGUUUAAUGCUGAAAUCCCAAUUUCUGCUCAGAUAGGGUGGAAUGAUGACCGUUCGAGCAGUAUAAAUGAACCAAGUCUUCACUCUGCUAUGGAGUUUGGUGUCAAGUCAAGCGCCUAUUCUGAACACAUAACAGAGAGCUUCAAUAUGAAAUCUGAUCUAGGUUCUCCAAGGCAAUCAUCCUCUGUUAGGGUUGAUGAUGUGAAAGCAUCUGAAGAGAAGCCAGAGAAGGAGUUACAUGAUAAUGGUGAAUAUCUUAUCAGGCCCUAUCUUGAACCUUCUGAAAAGAUUAGGUUCAGGUAUAAUUGUGAACGUGUUGUAGGUCUCGACAAGCAUGAUGGUAUAUUUCUUAUAGGAGAUCUCUGUUUAUAUGUUAUUGAAAACUUCUAUAUUGAUGAUACUGGGUGCAUAUGUGAAAAGGGUAGUGAAGAUGAUCUCUCUGUGAUUGACCAAGCUCUGGGUGUGAAGAAAGAUGUCUCAGGAAGCAGUGAAUUCCAGUCAAAAUCACCUUCAUCAUGGGGCAUGAUGGCUAAGACAUUGGUUGGUGGAAGAGCAUGGGCAUACAAUGGGGGUGCUUGGGGUAAGGAGAAGGUGUGCAGUAGUGGAAAUCUGCCACACCCAUGGCAUAUGUGGAAAUUUGAUAGUGUUCAUGAACUCCUUAAACGUGAUUACCAGCUGCGUCCUGUUGCUAUUGAGAUAUUUAGCAUGGAUGGAUGUAAUGAUCUUCUGGUUUUCCACAAGAAGGAGAGGGAGGAAGUGUUCAAAAACUUGAUUGCUAUGAAUCUCCCACGGAAUAGCAUGUUAGAUAUAACAAUUUCAGGCUCAUCAAAACAAGAAAGCAACGAGGGAAGCCGUCUUUUUAAAAUAUUGGCCAAGUCAUUUUCAAAGAGGUGGCAGAAUGGAGAGAUAAGCAACUUCCAGUACCUAAUGCAUCUAAACACUCUUGCUGGAAGGGGGUAUAGUGAUCUCACACAAUAUCCAGUUUUUCCAUGGGUUCUUGCAGAUUAUGAGAGUGAAACUCUGGAUUUGACAAACCCUCGAACUUUCCGUAAACUUGACAAACCAAUGGGAUGCCAAACGGUAGAGGGAGAGGAUGAAUUCAAGAAGAGAUAUGAAAGCUGGGAUGACCCUGAUGUUCCAAAGUUUCACUAUGGUUCUCAUUAUUCUAGUGCUGGGAUUGUUCUUUUCUAUCUUGUAAGGCUGCCGCCGUUAAGUGCUGAAAACCAAAAAUUGCAAGGUGGUCAGUUUGACCAUGCUGAUCGCUUAUUCAAUAGUGUGAAAGAUACGUGGUCCAGUGCGGCAGGAAAGAGUAACACAUCAGAUGUGAAGGAACUAAUUCCUGAAUUUUUUUACAUGCCUGAAUUUUUGGAGAAUCGAUUUAAUCUCGACUUGGGAGAAAAACAGUCAGGAGAAAAGGUUGAUGAUGUUGUUUUGCCCCCUUGGGCCAAAGGCAGUGCCAGGGAGUUUAUAAGGAAACACCGGGAAGCUUUGGAAUCUGACUAUGUUUCUGAGAAUCUGCAUCACUGGAUAGACCUCAUUUUUGGAUAUAAACAAAGGGGGAAGGCAGCUGAAGAAGCUGUUAAUGUUUUCUACCACUACACUUAUGAGGGAAGUGUUGACAUAGAUUCAGUUACAGACCCUACCAUGAAGGCAUCUAUUCUGGCCCAAAUCAAUCAUUUUGGUCAGACCCCAAAGCAGUUGUUUCUCAAGCCCCAUGUGAAGAGAAGAACUGACAAAAAAUCGCUUCCUCAUCCCCUCCGAUACUGUGUCCAUUUGGUCUCCCAGCAGAAUCGAAAGGUCUCUUCAUCAAUCUCUCAGCUUGUUACUUUCCAUGAAAAGGUUCUUAUUGCUGGAACAAAUAGCAUUCUUAAGCCGGUAACAUACAGCAAGUACAUCUCAUGGGGGUUUCCUGAUCGAAGCUUGAGAAUAAUGAGCUAUGACCAGGAUCGACUCCUUUCCACUCAUGAGAACCUUCAUGGAGGGAACCAGAUCCAGUGCGCUGGAGUAAGUCAUGAUGGUCAGAUUCUGGUCACUGGGGCUGAUGACGGAGUGGUUGCAGUCUGGAGAUUUGUCAAAGAUGGGGUCCGUGGUCAACUCCGCCCGAGAUUGGAGCGUGCCUUUUGUGCGCACACCGCCAGGAUAACAUGCCUUUAUGUUAGCCAGCCUUACUCACUGAUUGUGACUGGAUCUGAAGACUGCACCGUCAUCUUAUGGGAUCUGACCAACUUGGUCUUUGUGAAGCAGCUCCCUUUGUUCUCGGCACGAGUGUCGGCUGUCCAUGUGAAUGAUCUCACGGGGGAGAUUCUGACUGCUGCCGGAAUUCUCCUUGCAGUGUGGAGCAUCAACGGAGACUGCCUAGCAGUUGUGAACACCUCACAACUCCCUUCUGAUCUUAUUUUGUCAGUGACAAGCCCAAUGCACUCCGAUUGGCUGGAUACGAAUUGGUAUGUAACAGGUCACCAAAGUGGGGCAGUGAAGAUCUGGAAGAUGGUGCAUUGUUCUUCUGAGGAAGCAAGUGGAAGGAGCUUGUCUCCAGUCAAUGGCAUGGGUGGGUUGGGCUUAACCAGGGCACCAGAGUAUAAGUUGGUUCUUCACAAGGUACUCAAGUCCCACAAGCAUCCAGUUACAGCACUUCAUCUUGCAUCCGACCUUAAGCAGUUGCUGAGUGGGGAUGCUGUUGGACACCUGCUGUCUUGGACCGUACCAGAAGCAGCUUGAGAGCAUCCCAUGGCCAAGGGUGAUGAUACUUGAACAAGUUCGGAUGCUAGAUACCUCAGCAAUCUGGAUCCUUUGAUUCGGACUAGGUUUUGUUGACUCUGAUGCCUGUUUUGAGUGAAGAGCAUCGUCAAGAGCUGGCGAGACAUGAUACAUAAAACAAGGGCUUUUUGGAAGGGCUGCACAAGAGUUCUAAUAAGCCGAUGCAACAGAAAUGAUAACAACAAUAUGGCAUAUCCAUAACUGCUAACAGAUUGAAGGGAGGUACUCGGAACAAACAGAGACAUCACCAAUUUUUAAUCUGUCAAUGCUUGGAGAGGAGGGAGUUGGUUUAAUUUUAUGCUGUGCACCAUUUGCUGGAUUUACCUGUUUUGCUGUAUAUAAGUGGUAACCAGUGCGUGCGUGCAAAAUUGUAUAGGAUGAGUAUAGAAUGUAUUGGGACCAUGAUGUCUUGUGAGGGAUUAAGUAUGAUGGUGGGGUGGGAGUGAUGAACAUUGAUUGAUUGACUUCAACUUUUUGUUGUCUUCAUUCUUUGAGAGGGUGUUAUUUGGCACCCUUUAUUCAGCUUAUUUUGUGGAUGAUGUAGGUCAAAGGUUGUCGUCUUUCCUCAUCA